AAACAAUAUACGACUAUGUGUUCCUUUUCCCCCAGUGGCGCAGUCUUGGGUCGUCAGGCCGUGAAUAUCAAGAUCUGCUCCUGUCCCGGACGAGACCGAGAACAAGACGAGGACGCGCUCCUUCCGCAGCCCGCACCUGGGUCGAAGAAACGGCUGAUGACAGACUCCAAGACGUCUCAGAAGAAACGUAAGAAGACCAGCGUCACCAGCAGUAGCAACGGCGUGGCGCAUGACGGGGAGGUUUUUAAUGUUCACUGGCAGAUCCGCGGCAGAAAGAACUAUGAGACACUGCUGCGGGUGAAGGAAGCUCUGGAGGUGCAACACCGGUGUGAGACUGACCCGCAGGUCACAGCACUUCUUAGAACUGAAGAGGAGCAGCCAGAACAGCAACAGCCCCGCCCACCCACAGAGCCGACGCCCGACAACCCCCCAGCCAAUCAGAGCCCAGCGGUGACCAGGCAGGCACAGAGCACGCAGGUCAGGUACACUCUGCGCCGGACCGUCUCCAAACCCAAAACCUGGGAGUGAACGACCUCUGCUGACCUCCGACACGUCCUUAUAAGGAAAAAAGGACAAAAAAAAAGUAGCGAGUGGCUACGAACCAAUCAGCAGUCGAGUCAGGCCCACAGUAACAACCAAUGGGAGCCAUGCUGUCACUUAUGUACCAAAUGUACAGGGUUUGUUCUGGUUACCCUGGUAACAGUUUACCCACUCUGCAGGUUACCAUGGUAACAGUAAGCCUACUCUGCUUAGACUUCUGGUUACCGUGGUAACACUUAACUAACACUGGGAGGAAAGCAGUAUGUCUCAACUCUGGGGAACCAAUGGUGUGGCGCCACCUCAUGCUGGUUGCUAUGGGUUACAGCCAAUGAGAGCCCAGAUGAGAAAUCCCUCUGUAUUCUUGUACUAGUUGUAGGUUGCAAAGACCAAUAUAGAAUAUUGAUAACCUACUAGUAUAUCAUUAUCAAUUAUUUACCUUUGUAGUUUAGAGGUAUUAUUGAUAACGUUGUUGAUCAUUUUGUAUCUUCAUGAACAUAGUUUACAGGACAUAUUCUUACAUAGUGUAAGGUGAGCCAAGAAAGAUAGAAAGUCCUAAAAAGGAAGUCAAAUUUCAGGAAUAGAAGUUUUCUUUAUGUUUUACUCCAACUGACAUUUAUUUUACCUUGGAGGAAAAUUGUUAACUUUUAUUUUGUUUUCAUGAAGUGAAGUGGAAUAUUCCUCAUGUUGUCUGAUGAUUUUUACAUUUUGUUUGUACACAUGUACUUGACAGUCUUUUAUUUAUACUACCUUGUUGUAUUGUGACCAAGGCUUUUUGUUAAAAUAUGAUUUCUGCGUCAAAGUUUGAAAAAUGUAUCUUACAAAGUAAGGCUGUAAACUGUACUAUGAUACUAGCUUUUCCACAUAUUGUUAAGUUUAAGUUGAAGAUACAAGUUUCUAUGUUCAUUGUAAGAUAGUCUUUAUGAUAUUAAUAAAGUUACUUCCAAGUUUUA